ACGCGUGCGUGAUGUAGCUCCUCCCAACACAAAUAUACUCAAAGCUUAGCUCGACGAAAACAAGGAAGUAAGACGAGGAACUUUGAGUAAACCUUAUAUUUAUUGUCAUAUAAACGCAGAAUUCGGUCUGUUGAAAUUCUCGUCCCGUAGAAUAUAUUAUCUACAGUGAAGAACAAUGAACAACAAAGGUUCAUAUCCACAAUCUGUUUACCCUCAGCAGAGCACAGCACCCGUUUAUCCGCCUGCUAUGCAAAUCCCUCCUCAGGUGUCUGCAUAUCCAGAUGCCCCUCCUCCAUACUCUGAGGUUUAUCAGCCCAGGUAUAUGGCUCCUCCCCCAGCCCCUGGACAGAUGCCCCAAAUGACCUCAGCUUACCCUGGUACUCAGAUGUACAUGCCCAUGCAUGCUCAGACUGUGCCAAUGGGGGCCAUGGCCCCAAAUGUCCCAAUGGCAUAUUAUCCGAUGGGGCCCAUGUACCCCACUGGUUCCACCCUCAUGGUGGAAGGCGGAUUUGAUGCUGGAGCUCGCUUUGGGCCUGGCACCAGUGCUUCCAUUCCUCCUCCACCUCCUGGACACCUCCCUAGCGCGGCUCAGAUGGCAGCCAUGCAAGGUGCAAAUGUGGUGAUGUCACAACGUAAGGGCAACUUUUUCAUGGGCGGCUCCAGCGGCGGUUACACCAUCUGGUAACAGUGAGCACCCAACUGGGCCUGGACCGAAGCCCUCCUUCCUUCUCCCUGGUUCCCUUUACCUGUUCUCCCACCCCUGCCUCCUUUGGGGCUGCUUGGCUAAGCCACAAUACUGAUUUAAUCUAAUGGAAUGUAAUAUUUUAGAGCCCCUUACUCAAGGUACAAUACGCCGCUGUUGAUAUAAUUGUGUAAUAUCGCAAUUACAUAAUGUAUAACACAAUUAUUGCGUAUUCACAAUUAAAAAGCGCAUGAUAAUUGUAAGUUGGAACUUCUAGUGAUCAUAUGUCAUCUACCAUAUUUAUCGGUUGGCUAAUUUAGAGAGUAAACAACUUUGAAGGUGAAGACCAGGUCAUUUUUACCUUUACUGACUCUUACAACUUCAUUUUUACAGUACAUUUUCUAGUUUGUGGUCGUCUUCUUGAGCCAGAGAUCAUGCCAAGAGAGCUGCCGAGUCAGUUUGAUCAUCAAGUAGCUAUGCACUUGAAACGUUCUCUUUGAAUAGUAUGCUUAACUACGCCUUUCAUUCAUAUUAUUAAGGUCUUGUCAGAUAUGUAAAAUGCAGAUUUAAGCACUCUUAAUCAAAGAAAAAGAUGUGUUUACAACUUCAAACAGUGGCGGCGUAUCGUACCUUUGGGCAAGCUUAUAUAAAUAUUAUCAGGUGCCAAAACUGCACCAUUAUUUAAAAGCAAAGGAAUUUACAUAUGAAUGAACCUAAAUGCAGUAAAAGAGAGAGUGAACAAGAUUAGCUAAACUGGUUCAGAAAAGUAGGAUUUUGUUUUUUUUCUCAAUAUAUUCCCUCCAAUGUCGGAUACCCAGAGCUGUACAUUUAGCCGUUUCACUUAGCUUAGCGUGUGUUAUGUGUGUUCCAGCUAUAUGUGCUUCUAGACAAAAUUUUUAGCAUUUUCCACAAAGGUAAAGUUGUUUACAGAGGUCAGGGCUUAAUCAAGAGACAACUUAAUUUCAGUAUUUUAAACGAUUUGGCACAU